CAGUACUGAAGGUGGCGCCCAGCAGCGGCCUAGAGGCUACCGGCACUGAGCUUGCAACCAGAUCCAGAGACACUGAAGAAGAGAGAAAGGCGCACCUCUUCCCGCCACUCCUAGCCCCAGCCUCCAAGGAUGCGGCUCCUCGAGAAACUCUGCUCCUCGGCCGCAGGCAGCUCCGCGCCGAAGCCCGCCUUCGCCAAAGUGCUCACGCCGAAUCGCAUCCCCGAAUUCUGCAUCCCGCCGCGGCUGCCGGCGACUUGCGCGCUCGAGUCUCCAAUCCAGGCCGCCGCCGUGCCCCGGCGCUGCGCCGCUGAAAGCGACCUGUGGCCCCCCGCGGCAGACGAGGACGCCGGCCUCACGGACUGGGACCCGCGCUCGCAGGCAGCGCUGUCACUGCCGCACCUGCCCCGUGUGCGCACCGCCUAUGGCUUUUGCGCGCUGCUUGAGAGCCCGCACACGCGCCGCAAAGAGUCGCUCCUGCUCGGGGGCCCGCCCGCGUCCCGGCUCCGGGCCCACACCUACGGCGGUGGCGGCGGCCCGGACGCCCCCCUGGGGACCCUGUGCGGCCCGCGAGGUCCAGGCCCAGCCACCCCCGCGGCCCCCGGGGGUCCCCGCCUGCCCCAGGACGCGCUCGCUCCGCGGCGCCGCCGCUGCCGCCUCCUGCGCGUCCCCGACGGGCUGCUGAGCCGCGCGCUGCGGGCCGGGAAGAGUCGCCGCCUGGCCCGCGUCCGCUCCGUCUCCAGCGGGAACGAGGACGAGGAGCGCCGCGCGGGCUCCCAGUCCCCGGCCCGGAGCCCCUCCUCCAGCCCGCCGUCAUCCAGGACCCCGCUUCCUGAGCGCCUGGAGGCCGAGGGCACUGUGGCUGUGGGCAGCGCUGGCGACGCCCUGCGCCUGGCCGCUGAGUACUGUCCGGGAACCGGGCGCCUCCGCCUCCGGCUGCUCCGCGCCGAGAGCCUGGCCGGAAGUGCCUCCGGGCCCCGCGCCGUCCGCUGCCGCCUCAGCCUCGUCCUGCGGCCGCCGGGCACCGCGCGUCGGCAAUGCAGCGCUGUGGUGGGGCGCAGCCGCAAGGCCUCCUUUGACCAGGACUUUUGCUUCGACGGCCUCUCGGAGGACGAGGUGCGCCGCCUGGCCGUUCGCGUCAAGGCUCGGGAUGAGGGUCGCGGCCGGGAUCGGGGCCGCCUGCUGGGCCAGGGUGAGCUGUCCCUGGGCGCCCUCCUGCUGCUCUGAGGGCCCAGCCCUCCUCCGGGGCGCUCUGCCCUGGAGACUCCGGACACUGACAGCUGCCGUUGUACAAAAUAAACGUUAUUUAUUUUUUUAUUUAUGAUAUUGCUUUAUUGACGUUUUACUUCUUCACCGUCCACAUUUGUCAUCGUUUAUUGGUAGAGAAGAAAAAGAUAAUGACUCCCUGUUCUGUUCACAGGACCUCCAUGCCUAUUUCCAGACCAUUUUUGCAUUCCAAGGAAAAAUGGGUUGGCUUGGGACUGGGAGAGAAAGGAAGUACACCCAUCUGCAUUGUUUUUCAUUCCUUCCGGUUUUCUAUCAAUGUUAAACAGUUUUUUUAAAAAUAAAGCAAGUUACUCAUUCAGA